AUGGCUGCCUGGAACAGUGGACUUUUUAAUUGUUUCGACGAUUGUGGUAUUUGUCUUUAUGGUUAUUGUUGUGCACCAUGUCUAUUUGGAGAAAAUGCUGAAAAAAUUGAUGGCAUACAUAUGGGCAAACGAGAAGCUUUACGUAAUCGUUAUGGUCUUGAAGAAGAUUGUAAUGAUUGCCUAGCAACAACAUUUUGUGCUCCAUGUGCAAUUUGUCAAGAAGCACGUGAACUUAAAUAUCGUUUGGCUGCUCCUGGAGGACCAACACCAGUUAUAACACAACCAAUGGGCAUAAAUAUGCAUUCGCCAAAUGGACAACCAGGAAAUAUACAACCUACAUAUGAGCAACCAGGAAUGAUAAAACAAGGAUUAUAUUAA